CAUUUGCUCCGGUAAGUGACGGAUCUAUUUUCAUCGGGAGGUUGGACCGAUACCGAAGCGUCACACGGAAAGCAAAGACACCGGGGAUAAAACACUGUCCUUCCCCGCCACAGUUCACGGAAUUUACCUGUUUCCUCGAGGAUAUAUUCACAUGCCAACAUCGGAUAUUUAUGAACACCUGCACCGUUUAUAUUCAAGUAGCUUGACGGGAAAAGGAAAGCAAGAAUGGAUCAGAAUUUAUUUGGCGGGGCUCCACGCUUCCUAACUCGACCCAAAGCCUUCUCGUUGUGCGUGGGACGAGAUGCCUCCCUCAGCUGCACUAUUGUGGGAAACCCUGUUCCUGUAGUCACCUGGGAGAAAGACAAGAUGCUUCUUUCUGCAGGUGGACGCUUCAAAAAAGUAGAAGAUGGGGAUGUUUACCGACUUACUAUCUAUGAUCUAACUCUAGAAGACAGCGGUCAGUACAUGUGUCGUGCCAAGAACAAUGUUGGAGAGGCAUAUGCAGCUGUGACCCUGAAGGUGGGACUGCCGGAAACUGUUACGGAUCGGGCCCCAGUGUUUACAGUAAAGCCUGUCUCCACCCGUGUGGGUCUAGGGGAUGAUGUUACCUUCUAUUGUCAGGUGGCAGCCCAUCCAGCAACCAACUUUGACUGGGAAAAGGAUGGUCGCUACCUGGGUGAGACCAACCGCAUCAAGAUCAUCUCAGAAAAUGACUCCAGCUCCUUGAGGAUCCAGAGUGUCAGGAGCUUGGACAGUGGUACCUACACCUGCCGUGCACAGAACUCCAUUGGCCGUGCUCAGGCCGCUGCUGCGCUAGCGGUCGACCUUCAAGAUACUCAUCUCCUGAAUGCAGACAAGAGCACAUCCCUCCUCUCACACAUGCAGAAGCGGAAAGAAGAUAUGCGGAAGGACAUCUCCUUAUACCGCACCGUGGAAAGUUCCUCAACCACGCAUACAGCCUCAUCUUCCAUGGUCACAGAGGAACUUGGAAGCUUGGGACUCGCCCAUGAUCAGAAGCAGAGGGUUUCGGCCUUAACCAGCAUGUUGCCCAAAGGUGUGUUCACCCGCACCUGUAUGCUGACUGAGGGUAAACAUGCAAAGCUCAGCUGUUUCGUCACAGGCCAUCCCAAACCUCAGAUCAUCUGGAGGAAGGAUGGGGCGAACAUCAGUGAGGGCCGCAGACAUGUGAUGUAUGAGGACCAGGCUGAGAAUUUCAUCCUCAAGGUGCUCUACUGCAAACAAAGUGAUAAUGGCCUGUACACCUGCAAUGCAUCCAACUUGGCUGGACAAACCUAUAGCGCUGUGCUAGUGAUUGUCAAAGAGCCAAAGAUUCCAUUCAAAAAGAAGCUGCAGGAUGUUGAGGUGAAGGAAAAGGAAACAGCAACGUUGCUGUGUGAGGUGCCAAUGCCGAACACAAAGGCCAGCUGGUUUAUGGAGGAGACCCAUCUGGAGGAAAGUACCAAGUACCGCAUGGAUGUGGAGGGCACUCUGCGCCGCCUCACUAUUCACCAUGUCACCACCAAUGAUGAUGCUGUCUACAUCUGUGAGAUGAAGGAAGGCAGCCGCACUGUGGCCGAACUUACAGUGCUGGGCAACAUCACUAAAAAGCUGCCGAGGAAGACAGUGGUGCCAGUUAGCGAUACGGUCAUCUUCUGUGUGGAACUGGAGAAACCAGUAGAUGAUGCAUACUGGACCAGGAAUGGGGAGAGGCUGAAAGAGGACUCCCGAAUUAUUAUUGCCCGUAUUAACAGACAGUACACACUGACCAUUCGGGAAUGUACUGCGGAAGACUCGGGUGAAGUGGCCUUCAUCGCCCAUGACUGCAAGACAUCCACCCGCUUCUCCGUCACAGCCCCAAGGAAACAUCCCCCAGAUGCCCCAGUUGAGCCAGUGGUGCGGAACAAGACAGAUUCAUCGAUCACACUGUGCUGGUCUCCACCAGACAGUGAACGGCCUGUACCCAUCACCGGCUACAUCAUUGAGCGCAGGAAGGUGGGAGCCCAAACUUGGAUUAAAGUCACUAGUACAACUGUGUUUAGCACUGAAUACACCAUCAGUGAAAUUCCAGAAGAGGCAAGCUAUCAGUUCCGCAUCUCAGCAGUCAAUGAUUUUGGUCAGAGUGCCUAUUUGGAGGUUUCUGGAACGUUUUACCUUGAGCCCACAGCGUCAGUGAAGGCAGGCCUGGUUAACUGCAGGGCACAUGUAGGCGAAGAAGCAACUUUCACUGUGGAGCUCUCAGCCGUAUGUUCCGGCUCCUGGACAAUAAAUGACAGAUUGAUUCGCAGUGGAUCUGAGUAUCUGAUCACACGCUCAAAGACCACACACACGCUGCUCAUCAGGGAGGUGUCCAUGGAACUGAAUGGAGCACAGGUCAAGUUUGUGGGUGGUGGAUCUCACAGUGUUGCCACGCUUUGUGUAAAAGCCGCAGCUGCACAUUUCACCAGUAAAUAUUCUCAGGCGGAGGUGUUUACUUUCAGCUUGCACUCCUCUGCUCAGAUGUACACAGAGGUGUCUGACUCAAGUGUCCAGGUUGUAUGGCUGAAGAAUGGGAAGGAGCUGAGAAUGGGUAAAAAAUAUGAAUCCACAAGUGUGGAGCGCAAACGCAUACUGACAGUCCACAAUGUUGACCGUGAAGACGUGGGCAUCUAUGAAUGCAUGUGUGAAGGCGAUAAAAUGUCUGUCCAACUUGCCCUAAAAGAAGAGCCAGCGAAGUUUCUUAACAAGCCAAGGGCUCAGCCCCAGGAGAAUGCUGCUCUGGUGGGUGACGUGGUGUUGAGCUGUGAUGUUGCUUCUCCUGAAACUGCUGUUGUGUGGAAGAAAGAACAGAUAGAAAUAACGGAGGACAAGAGGACAACUUUUAUAUCUCAGGGGACACAAAGGAAGCUGGUCAUCAGGGGUGCCAAGCAGAGCGAUGAAGGACACUACUCGUGUGAGACGGCAGAGGACAAAAUGACAUUCCUGGUCAAGAUAAAAGAAACUCGUGCUGCUUUCACCAACAAGGACUCUUAUCAGAAGGAAGUGAAGGUCUCAGCGUCCCAAAAAGCCACACUGAGCUGUGAAGUUUCUGACAUCAAGACUGAGGUGAAAUGGUUCAAGGACGGCAAGCAGUUGAUUUCCAGUAAGACCGUCCACAUGGAGUCAAAGGGCAAGAGUCGUCAGCUGGUGCUGGAGAAUGUGGAAAAGAAGGAUGCUGGAGAAUAUACCUGUGCAGUUGGAGAUGAAAAGCUGGUCUUUAAGAUUCGGGUGGAAGACAUUCAAGCUGCCUUCUCCAACAAGGACUCUUAUCAGAAGGAAGUGAAGGUCUCAGCGUCCCAGAAAGCCACACUGAGCUGUGAAGUUUCUGACCUGAAGACUGAGGUGAAAUGGUUCAAGGAUGGCAAGCAGUUGAGCUCCAGUAAGACUGUCCACAUGGAGUCAAAGGGCAAGAGUCGUCAGCUAGUGCUGGAGAAUGUGGAAAAGAAGGAUGCUGGAGAAUAUACCUGUGCAGUUGGAGAUGAGAAACUGGCCUUUAAGAUUUGGGUGGAAGACAUUCAAGCUGCCUUCUCCAACAAGGACUCUUACCAGAAGGAGCUCAGAGUACCAGCCUCCCAGAAGGCCACACUGAGCUGUGAGGUUUCUGACCCCAAGACUGAGGUGAAAUGGUUCAAGGAUGGUAAGCAGUUAAUUUCCAGUAAGACAGUCCAGAUGGAGUCAAAAGGCAAGAGUCGUCAGCUGGUGCUGGAGAAUGUGCAGAAGAAGGAUGCUGGAGAAUAUACCUGUGCAGUUGGAAGUGAAAAGCUGGUCUUUAAGAUUUGGGUGGAAGACAUUCAAGCCGCUUUCUCCAACAAGGACUCUUAUCAGAAGGAAGUGAAGGUCUCAGCGUCUCAGAAGGCCACACUGAGCUGUGAAGUUUCUGACAUCAAGACUGAGGUGAAAUGGUUCAAGGAUGGCAAGCAGUUGAUUUCCAGUAAGACCGUCCACAUGGAGUCAAAGGGCAAGAGUCGUCAGCUAGUGCUGGAGAAUGUGGAGAGGAAGGAUGCUGGAGAAUAUACCUGUGAAGUUGGGAAUGAGAAACUUGCCUUUAAAAUUCAAGUGACAGACAUUCAAGCUGCUUUUACCAACAAGGACUCCUAUCAGAAGGAAGUUAAAGUAGCAGCUUCCCAGAAGACCACACUGACCUGCGAAGUUACUGACUUUAAGACUGAGGUGAAAUGGUUCAAGGAUGGCAAGCAGUUGAUUUCCAGUAAGACCGUCCACAUGGAGUCAAAGGACAAGAGUCGUCAGCUGGUGCUGGAGAAUGUGGAGAAGAAGGAUGCUGGAGAAUAUACCUGUGCAGUUGGGAAUGAGAAACUUGCCUUUAAAAUUCAGGUGACAGAUAUUCAAGCUGCCUUCACCAACAAAGACUCCUAUCAGAAGGAAGUGAAAGUAGCUGCUUCCCAAAAAGCCACACUGAGCUGUGAGGUUUCUGACCCCACGACUGAAGUGAAAUGGUUUAAAGAUGGCAAGCAGUUGAGCUCCAGUAAGACCGUCCACAUGGAGUCAAAGGGCAAGAUCCGUCAGCUGCUGCUGGAAAAUGUGGAGACAAAGGAUGCUCGAGAAUAUACCUGUGAAGUUGGGAAUGAAAAGCUGCCAUUUAAGAUUCAGGUUGCAGAGCUUAAAGCUGCAUUUACCAACAAGGACUCUUAUCAGAAGGAAUUGAAGGUCUCAGCGUCCCAGAAAGCCACACUGAGCUGUGAAGUUUCUGACCUGAAGACUGAGGUGAAAUGGUUCAAGGAUGGCAAGCAGUUGAGCUCCAGUAAGACCGUCCACAUGGAGUCAAAGGGCAAGAUCCGUCAGCUAGUGCUGGAGAAUGUGGAAAAGAAAGAUGCUGGAGAAUAUACAUGUGCAGUUGGAAAUGAGAAACUUCUCUUCAAGAUUCAGAUGAAAGAUGUUUCUACCAAAUUCCAGAAGACAUCUGUGACAAAAGAAACUGUGAUGGUUGAGUCAACAGAAAAGGUUGUUUUAAAAACCGAGGUAAUGUCGGAGAAUUGUAGUGUUCAGUGGUUCAGGGAUGGAAUAGAACUGAAAGACGGAUCAAAGUAUGAGAUGAAACAGGAAGGUCGCUCACGUGUCCUCAUCGUUAAGUCCUCUGAAUCUAAAGACAGCGCCACCUACACUUGUCAGACGGCUGAUGACAAAGUGGAGUUCAAGGUUCAAGUCAAAGAUGCACCUUUAAAGUUUGUGGUGCCUUUGCAGCCAGUGUCUGCAGUACUAGAAAGCACCAUGACACUUUCCUGCACUCUCAACAAAGCCACUGUUAAUGUCGUCUGGAAGCAUAACGGCAAAGAAAUCAAACCCGGUGGAAGAUUCAGCAUCCGCACCGAUGGCACCAACUGCAUCUUGACUGUCUCCGCUGUGGCUCAGGAGGAUGAAGGGGAGUACAGCUGUGAAUGUAAAGAUGACAAGACCACCACCAAAGUCACUACCAAAGCCCCACGACUGGUGAGGUUCACUACCAGGCUGAACGAUGUUGUUGCAAAUGAAGGCAAAGAUGCUAUCUUUAAAUGCUCCAUCACACCAGCUGAUGUGAGUGUCAGAUGGCUGCGUAAUGACAUUCCUAUUAUAGCUGGUCCCAAAUUUAAGAUUGCUCAUGGAGGGAGCAGUCAUUCCCUCAUCAUCACAGCUGUCACUCAGGGGGAUGCAGGAGAGAUCAGUAUCGAUGCCGAAGGGAAAGUCUGCAAAGCCACACUCCAAGUACAACAGUUUCCUGUCACCUUUAAGAAGAAGCUUUCAGAUGUGACUGUGACUGAGCAGGACACAGUUCGCUUAGAAGUGGAGCUGAGUAAACCCUCAACCGAUGUGAAGUGGAUGAAGAAUGGUGUGGUACUACAGCAAGGAGAAAAUAUGGAGAUCCAUGUGGAUGGUGCCAAACAGGCUUUGGUCCUCAAGAGUGUGGCGUAUGCUGACAGAGGACAAUACUCAUGUGAAACCCUAGAUGACAAGACCCAGGCCAAACUGACAGUAGAGAUUAAGAAGAUUCAAAUCGUAAAAGGCAUAAAAGAGAUCAAAGUUCAAGAGAAAGAGACCAUCACUAUGGAGGUGGAACUGAGCAAGGCUGAUGUAGAAGGUUCCUGGAGCAAAGAUGGAAAGAAACUAAAGGCAGGACCCAAUACCAUCAUUACUGUAGUGGGCAACAAGCACUGCUUGACUAUGUCCCAGCUGAAGAUAAGUGAUGCUGGAACUAUAACUUUCCAGGCUGGAGAUGUCCAUACUUCUGGCAAACUAAUCGUUACAGAGCCUGCUGCAAAGAUCCUCAAACCUUUACGGGAUAUCAGUUCUCCUGAAAAGGAGAAAAUCAUUUUUGAAUGCGAGGUGUCAAGAGCAAAUGCUGAUGUCAAGUGGUUUAAGAAUGAUGAAGAACUGAAGCCAGGAAAGAAAUUUGGCAUCCAUUCCCAGGCCAAUAAGCGCACCCUCAUCAUCCAUAAGUGUGCAUAUGAAGACCAGGGCCAGUAUAUAUGUAGAACAACAGAUGACAAUACUUCAGCCAAGCUCACUGUUCAUGCGAGAGAUAUUAAAAUAGUGAAGCCGCUGCAGGACGUGGAGGUGACAGAGAAGGAGAGUGCAACGUUUGUCUGUGAGGUCUCCCACGAUGAGGUUGAGGCUCAGUGGCACAAAGGAGAUGCCAAACUCAAAGCCGGAGACAACAUAAAGAUGAGGCAGGAGGGAAGAACAUACAUUCUGCUCUUCAAAUCUGUAAAGACUGAGGAUGCAGGUGAAAUCAAGUUCACAGCUGAGAAGUCCUCUUCAGCUGCUAAACUGAAGGUUAAAGAGCAGGCUAUCAGCAUAGUACGGGAACUGAGUUCUUUGGAGGUGACCGAGCCAUUUGCUGCCCACUUUGAGGUGGAAGUCAGCGUGGAGACAGUCAAGCCAGUGAAGUGGAUGCUAAAUGGGGAACAGCUGAAGGAGAGUACCGACAUCGAGAUGGAGAAAGAAGGAACCAUGCACCGCAUCACUUUUAAAAAGACUAAGACCUCCAUGUCAGGACUGGUAGAGUUCACCGCCGGAAAGAGUAAAUCAACAGCCGAGCUCAAAGUGAAAGAGCGUCCCAUUGAAGUCCUGGAGCCUCUCAAAGAUGUUUCAGCCAAGGAGAAGACUUCCACCACACUAUGCUGCAAGUUCUCUGCCCCACCAAAAGAAGUACGGUGGUUUAAGGGUCAAACUGCUUUGGAGGCUUCUAGCAAAUACAACAUGAAGCAAAAGGACGCUAAUGUGCAGCUGAUCAUACAAAGUUUGAGUGCAGAGGACUCUGGAGAGUAUCGUUGUCAGGUCGGGGUCUGUGAGAGCAAAGCCAUUCUCAAAGUAGAAGUACGUAAAAUCCAGAUCACCAAACAUCUGACAGAUGUGGAGGUGGAUGAAGAUGGUGAUGCUGUGUUCACAUGUGAGGUUAACUAUGCUGAUGAAGAGGUCCAGUGGACACUCAAUGACAAGCCACUCUUCAGCAAUGAGGUCAAUGCCAUCACCCAUGUGGAUAAGACCCAUACGCUCACCCUCAAGAACCUAGCACCUCAGGAUGGUGGAAAGGUGUCAUUUAGCAUCAGGGAUGUGAAAGAAACAGUCUGCCUAAAGGUCAAAGAGAAAAAAGCCAUCUUCCUGAAGUUGCUGGAUGAUGUAGUUGCAGAGGAGAAGGGUACAGUUACCCUUAAGUGUGAAGUCUCAAAGCCCAGAGUGGCCCCUGUGUGGCGCAAAGAUGGUACAGUCCUGUCGGCAGGCAAAAAGUAUGAGCUCCUCCAUGAUGGUAAGACCUUGGGACUUACUAUCCAUGAUGUCAUGCAAGCUGACGCCGGGGAGUACAGCUGUGAUCUUGGCACAGACCUCUCCAAGUCCACGGUCACUGUUAGAGAUAUCCACAUCGGGAUCACCAAGCGUUUUAAGUCAGUAGAGGCCAAAGCAGGUGAAAACUGCACAUUUGAGUGUAUCUUGUCCCGAGAGAGCUCAGAGAAGUGCACCUGGAGCCUAAAAGGUCAACCUGUCACUGAUGGAGGCCGUUUCCAAAUAAGCAGCAAAGGGCGCAAGUAUACCUUAACAAUCAAAGCCGUCUCAGCUUCUGAUUCUGGUGAGGUGGUCUUCACGCUCAAGGAUUUGAGCUCAAAGGCAACACUUACUGUUGAGGGUGAAGCUCCUGCCAUAUCUAAAGAGCUUCAGGGUGUCAGUGCCAGAAUUGGUGAAGAUGCCACAUUCUCCUGUGAGCUUUCUCAAUCUGGACUCGAAGUGAAGUGGUCAAAGGAUGGCAAGUCUAUCAGAAAAAGCCAGAAAUAUGAAAUCAGUCAGGAGCAGACGCUUGUAAAGCUGACAGUCCGCAACGUCACUGAAAAAGACUCUGGAGAAUACAGCUGUGAGGUCACCGGUGGUCCAACCUCCAAGGCUAAACUGGAGAUCAAAGAACUGCCCAACAAAUUCAUUUGUGACCUAAAGGAUGCCACUGCAGAAGAGAAGAGUGCCGUCUCCUUUGAAUGUGAGACAGCCCAACCUGCCUCUAAAGUCACCUGGCUGAAAGGAACAAAGGAGAUCAGGGCUGGAGGAAGGUAUGAGCUUACGCAAAAGGGAACUGUCCUCAUCCUCAAAGUGAAGGAUCUGGAGAAGAGUGACAGUGAUGUAUACACCUGUGACACUGGCUCUGCGAAGAGUACAGCCAACUUGACAGUAAAAGUGGUACCAGCUAGGUUUAAGGGGCAGAUGAAGAACCAACAGGUUACUGAAGGUGGGAAAGUCUUACUUUCCUGUGAGCUCUCAAAACCUGGCUGCCAAGUGCUAUGGAAAAAGGGAACCGAAAAUCUGAAACAUGGGGGAAGAUAUCAGAUAACGCAGAGGGACACCAUGUGUGAGCUACAGAUUUCAGACUUAGUGCCUGAGGACAGUGGAGAAUAUUCCUGUGAUUGUGGAAAUGAAAAAACAACAGCAAAUGUUGUUGUCAGUGCAUUACCGGUGGUCUUCAGACAUGAGCUACAAAGCCAAGAGUGUGACGAAGGAGACAGCGUUACUCUUCACUGUGAACUCUCAAAGCCUGGAGUUCCUGUUGUUUGGAAGAAAGGAAUGCAGGUUCUCCAUUCUGGUGAAAAGUACCUCAUCAAACAAGAUGGGGCUAGUGUUGAGUUGAAAAUUGCUGACUUCAGAAAUGAAGAUGCUGGACAAUAUACAUGUUUGUGUGGGGACAAAAAGACUACAGCAAACAUUAAGAUCAAGGCAUUGAUCUUCAAACGAGAACUACAAAACCAGGAGUGUCAAGAGGCAGACAGUGUUACUCUUCAGUGUGAGCUCUCCAAACCAGGAGUGCCUGUGGUUUGGAGGAAAGGAACACAAGUGAUCCAUUCUGGAGACAAAUACCAAAUCAAGCAAGUUGGUUCUGUUUUUGAGCUGAAGAUCACUGAUGUCAAACCUGAAGAUGCUGGAGUCUAUAGUUGUGAUUGUGGGUUUAACAAGACCUCAUCUACCAUUACAGUCAAUGCACUACCAGUGGUCUUCAAACAUGAGCUGCAAAACCUGGAGUGUGAUGAAGGAGGCAGUGCUACUCUGUCCUGCGAGCUUUCCAAACCUGGUGUCCCUGUGCAGUGGAAAAAAGGAAGCCAUGUUAUCCGAUCUGAAGGAAAGUACGUCAUCAGACAGACUGCCUCAAAGGUGGAGCUGAAGAUUACAGAUCUCAAACCUGAAGAUGAAGGAGACUACACAUGUGUAUGUGGAGACAAGGCAACCACUGCCAAUAUGAAGAUAAAGGUUCUGAAGGCCCAAACACCCUCAUACCAACCAGGAUUUCAAAAGCAGACUACUGAGCAGGGGCCAUCAAUUGAUGCUCUAAAGUUCCUCCGUCCUUCUGCUGCCCUUGAAUCAGACUUCCAGAAGCAGAAGAAAGAGAAACAGGCAGAGCUCAGUGCUCACCCAAUUCAGUUUACGGAAGUACUGCUAAACCAAGCGUGUGAUGAAGGUGGCAGUGUUACUCUGCGAUGUGAACUCUCAAAGCCUGGAGUUCCUGUGGUUUGGAGGAAAGGAACACAGGUGAUCCUUUCUGGAGGAAAGUGCCUCAUCAAACAAGUUGGCUCUACGGUUGAGCUGAAGAUCAUUGAUGUUAAACCCGAAGAUGCUGGGGCCUAUGUUUGUGAUUGCGGAGACAGCAUGACAACUGCCAAUGUCAAAGUUAAUGCUCUUCCAGCCACCUUCACACAAGAGCUGAAAAACCAGACAGCUAUUGAAGGAGAAAGUAUCAUCUUCCAUUGUGAGCUCUCCAAACCUGGAGUUCCUGUGGUUUGGAGGAAAGGGACACAGGUGAUUAAUUCUGGAGGAAAGUACCUCAUCAAACAAGUUGGCUCUAAGGUUGAGCUGAAGAUCUCUGAUGUCAAACCUGAAGACGCUGGAGAUUAUGUUUGUGAUUGUGGAGAUAACAUCACCACUGCUAACAUCAGAGUCAAUGCAUUACCAGUGGUCUUCAAACGUGAGCUACAGAACCAAGAGAUUCAGGAAGGGGACAGUGUUACUUUGCGAUGUGAACUCUCAAAACCUGGCGUUUCUGUGGUUUGGAAGAAAGGAACACAGGUGAUCAGUUCUGGAGGAAAGUACAUCAUCAAGCAAAUUAACUCUACCGUUGAGCUGAAGAUCACUGAUGUCAAACCUGAAGAUGCUGGGGCCUAUGUUUGUGAUUGCGGAGACAGCAUUACUACUGCCAAUGUCAAAGUUAACGCUCUUCCAGCCACCUUCACACAAGAGCUGAAAAACCAGACAGCUAUUGAAGGAGAAAGUAUCAUCUUCCAUUGUGAGCUCUCCAAACAUGGAGUUCCUGUGGUUUGGAGGAAAGGGACACAGGUGAUUAAUUCUGGAGGAAAGUACCUCAUCAAACAAGUUGGCUCUAAGGUUGAGCUGAAGAUCUCUGAUGUUAAACCUGAAGACGCUGGAGAUUAUGUUUGUGAUUGUGGAGACAACAUCACCACUGCUAACAUCAAAGUCAAUGCAUUACCAGUGGUCUUCAAACGUGAGCUACAGAACCAAGAGAUUCAGGAAGGGGAAAGUGUUACUUUGCGAUGUGAGCUCUCCAAACCUGGAGUUCCAGUAGUUUGGAGGAAAGGGACUCAAGUGAUUAAUUCUGGAGGAAAGUACCUCAUCAAACAAGUUGGCUCUACGGUUGACCUGAAGAUCACUGAUGUUAAACCUGAAGACGCUGGAGAUUAUGUUUGUGAUUGUGGAGACAACAUCACCACUGCUGACAUCAAAGUCAAUGCAUUACCAGUGGUCUUCAAACGUGAGCUACAGAACCAAGAGAUUCAGGAAGGGGAAAGUGUUACUUUGCGAUGUGAGCUCUCCAAACCUGGAGUUCCAGUAGUUUGGAGGAAAGGGACUCAAGUGAUUAAUUCUGGAGGAAAGUACCUCAUCAAACAAGUUGGCUCUACGGUUGACCUGAAGAUCACUGAUGUUAAACCUGAAGACGCUGGAGAUUAUGUUUGUGAUUGUGGAGACAACAUCACCACUGCUGACAUCAAAGUCAAUGCAUUACCAGUGGUCUUCAAACGUGAGCUACAGAACCAAGAGAUUCAGGAAGGGGACAGUGUUACUUUGCGAUGUGAACUCUCAAAACCUGGCGUUCCUGUGGUUUGGAAGAAAGGAACACAGGUGAUCAGUUCUGGAGGAAAGUACAUCAUCAAGCAAAUUAACUCUACCGUUGAGCUGAAGAUCACUGAUGUCAAACCUGAAGAUGCUGGGGCCUAUGUUUGUGAUUGCGGAGACAGCAUUACUACUGCCAAUGUCAAAGUUAAUGCUCUUCCAGCCACCUUCACACAAGAGCUGAAAAACCAGACAGCUAUUGAAGGAGAAAGUAUCAUCUUCCAUUGUGAGCUCUCCAAACCUGGAGUUCCUGUGGUUUGGAGGAAAGGGACACAGGUGAUUAAUUCUGGAGGAAAGUACCUCAUCAAACAAGUUGGCUCUAAGGUUGAGCUGAAGAUCUCUGAUGUCAAACCUGAAGACGCUGGAGAUUAUGUUUGUGAUUGUGGAGACAACAUCACCACUGCUAACAUCAAAGUCAAUGCAUUACCAGUGGUCUUCAAACGUGAGCUACAGAACCAAGAGAUUCAGGAAGGGGACAGUGUUACUUUGCGAUGUGAACUUUCAAAACCUGGCGUUCCUGUGGUUUGGAGGAAAGGAACACAGGUGAUCAGUUCUGGAGGAAAGUACCUCAUCAAACAAGUUGGCUGUACUGUCGAGAUGAAGAUCACUGAUGUUAAACCUGAAGAUGCUGGAGACUAUGCUUGUGAUUGCGGAGACAGCAUUACUACAGCCAAUGUCAAGGUUAAUGCACUUCCAGUCAUCUUCACACAAGCACUGAAGAACCAGACAGCUGUUGAGGGAGAGACCAUCAGCUUCCAGUGUGAACUCUCCAAAGCAGACAUUCUAGUUGAGUGGCGCAGGGGGGAAAUUGGCCUAUACCCCUGUGCUAAAUAUGAAUUCAAGCAAGAUGGAAACCAUGCCCAACUGAUCAUACAUGACCUUGAACCUGAGGACUCAGGUGACUAUAUCUGUGACACUGGAGAACGCCAAAGCUUUGCAUAUCUGGAAGUUAAGGCACUGCCAGUUCUUUUCAAAUCAUCUCUGAAAAAUUUGGAGAGUGUAGCUGGGGAAAAUGCAGUUUUUCGAUGUGAACUUGACAAAGCUGGAGCCAAAGUCAUCUGGAGGAAAGACAAGAGUGUAAUAGAAGCAAGCAAAAAAUAUCAGCUGAAGCAAGAUGGGGCUGUUGCUGAGCUUAUCAUUUACAAGCUGCAAGGAGGAGAUGCUGGAGACUACUGCUGUGAAACAGAACAUGAUCGGACAUCUGCCAAACUUGCUGUAAAGGAACCUGAUAUCAUAAUCUUAACUGGCUUGAAGAGCUGCAUAGUCAAUGAAGGCGAGGACGUUCAUUUCGAAUGCCUUGUCUCUCAUGAUAAUGCACUCAUUGUUCAGUGGACGCUGCAAGAUGUUCCACUACAGAACAAUGAGAGGAAUGAAAUCCGAAUGGAAGGCAAAAGGCACACACUUACACUAAGAAGUGUCACACAGAAAGACUCGGGCACGGUGUCCUUCCAUGUUGGUGCACACACUUCUUUUGCUUGUCUCACAGUUAAAGCAAUCCCUGUGCUAUCGUUUGUGAAGGAGUUAACAAGCCAGGAAGUCACAGAGGGAGGCAGUGCUUCAUUAUGUUGUGAAACUUCAAUCCCUGAUGCCAGUGUGACCUGGAAGAAGGACACUCAGGUCCUAUCUGAUGGAAAGAAGUAUUCCAUAAAGAAGAAUGGCACAUUCCAAACUUUAGAAAUCUAUAAGCUAUCAGUGGACGAUGGUGGCGAGUACAUAUGUGAAGUGGGAGACAAACAAAGCAAAGCUACAUUGACCGUCAAAGAAUGUGUAAAAAUCACAAGAGAAUUAAAGGAUGUGACUGUGAUAACGGGCGAGGAUGCUAUCUUCCAGUGUGAGGUAUCCCAUACAGGGGUUACGAAUGUUGAAUGGUGGCUCGGCUCCAACCACCUUCAAAACAAUGACUUAAAUCAAAUCAGCUGCAGAGGGAGGGAACACAGCCUAGUGCUGAAAAUGGUCACACCCGAUGAUUCAGGUGAUGUAGCGUUUGUGGUUGGCCCUCAGAAGAGCAUCGCCUACUUGUUGGUGCAGGAGAAACCCAAAGUCAUAUUCUUAGAGAAGCCUCUGGACUUAACUGCCAAAGAGGGUCAAACAGUCACACUGUCCUGCAUGACCUCUGACCCUGAGGCCUCUGUUACCUGGUACAAAGAUGAAGUGAUGAUAAAGGCAGGUGGACGCUAUCUGCUCUACAAGGAUAGAGCUGUCCAUCAGCUUCGCAUCCUUAGGGUGGAGGAAGGAGAUGCAGGGCUGUAUACAUGCAAAACCAAAGAUGCAGAAAGCUGCGCCACCCUUACUGUUAAAGGUCAACCUGCAUACUUCCGGAAGGAGUUAGAGAACCAGAAUGCAAUAGAGGGAGAUAGUAUCACCUUGCUUUGUGAACUCUCUAAGCCGGUUAAAAGUAUAGAGUGGAGAAAGGGUGGAGUGGUGCUCCAACCCAGUAAGAAAUUUGAGAUGAAACAGGAAGGUUGUGUGCUGGAGCUCCAUGUCCAUAAUCUGGAACCAGAGGACAAUGGCUACUACACUUGUGAUGCUGGAGCCCAGUUAACCACAGCAUCACUCACUGUGCAAGAGGCUGAGGUUCUCAUAGUAUCGGGUAUAAAGAAUAUAGAUGUGUAUGUGGGCGAACAGGCAAUUUUCUCCUGCCAGCUCUCUCGCCGUGCCAAAGGCAGAGUUCAGUGGUGGCUAAAUGGCACUCGUUUGGAGAACAGUACCUUCAGUGAAAUAAGUGUGGGUGAAGACCAUGUCUACACUCUCACUCUAAGGAACCUUUCUCCCAAUUAUUCGGGUACAGUCCUGUUCAAAACAGGUGGUCUGACGUCUUCCGCCAAGCUGUUAGUGAAAGCUAAACCAAUUGAUAUUCUCCAAGAACUGAGUAAUGUGGAGACCAUUAAUGGUGGGGAGGCACUUUUUGAAUGCUCCUUGUCUCGUCCUGAAACCAAAGACUGCCGGUGGUUAAUUGAUGGCAAGCCUGUGAAGGAGUCUGCAAAAGUGGAGAUUGUUUCCUUUGAGAGUGGCAGACGCCAUCUUCUGCUUUUAAAGGACUUGCAUCCCUGUGAAAACACAAGGGUUACAUUCCAAGCUGGUGCUUCAUCAACUACUGCUCUUCUGUCUGUCAAAGCUUGGCAACUGGAGGUGGUCAAGCCUUUGGAAGAUAAGACCGCCAUUGCAGGAGAGCAAGUUGAGUUCACUUGUGUAUUGAAUGAAGCUGUGCCUGAGACUGAAGUGACUUGGUAUGCAAAUGGUGUUGAGCUUCAAUGUAAUGACCAAUGGGCCAUGAAAGCCAGUGGCUCUUCCUACAGCCUAAUUUUGAAGAAAGCCCAGGCUCAGCUCACACAGGAAAUCACAUUUGCAGCUCGGAAUGCCUUAUCGAUGGCCAAACUCAUCACAAUAUCUGUGCCUGAUCCCCCUGAAGACCCAGAGUUGGUUAGUAAAGGCCCAACAUUCGUCACCUUGUCUUGGUUCACACCCCUCAGUGAUGGAGGAAGCCCAAUCAUUGGAUACCGUUUGGAAAUGCGUCUAGUUGACAGUAUCCUCUGGCUGCCCUGCCACACAGAACCAGUGUGCAACACUGAAUUUCUGGUUGAAAACCUCAUACCGGGGGCAGGUUACAGGUUCAGAGUGGCAGCCAUUAACCGUGCUGGUAUUGGAGAGCCUGUACAGCUGCCUCAAACCGUGACACUUGAUGCACCAGUGACCAUGACCAAAAUGUUAAGCAGCUCUAAGAUCCAAAAAGGAAAGAUGGUUCGUUUAGAGUGUGAGCUUUCUACAGAGACCAAAUCAGUCACAUGGUUCAAGGACAACAGAGAGAUAGAGUUUGGAGUCAAGUACCAAAUGGUAGCAGAAGGAAAGAGCCAAGUUUUGCUCAUAAAGGAUUUCCAGUCUACAGACCAGGGUGUCUAUUCUUGUGUAGCCUCAGAAGAGGCAAAGACUUCAAUCAACCUUAACCUCGAAGGAGAUGACACAACACUUUCUCAGGAUGAGGGCAGCCAGCCCAAAUUGCCCCCUGAGGCUGCUUCCGAGGGAGAUUUACAUGCUCUAUGGGAUGCAGUGGCCAAGAAGAGGAGAAUGAGUCGAGAGCCCACAUUAGAUUCAAUUUCAGAGUUGCCAGAAGAAGAUGGAAAGGAAAAGGCCCAGAGCAAAGAAGGAAAAGUAAAAAAGGAAAAGGAAGUGAGACCUGUUGAGCCACCUCCCAAGAUCACAGCAGAGCCUAAUCUCUAUACAAGUUCUGAUGAGGAAUCUCUCAGUGGGACAACUAGCUUGAUGUCUUACCUUAAGAAAAGCAGCAAGUCCUCUGUGACUGAGACUACUGCCUCCACGAAACUGUAUGAGCACUUCCAGAUGACUGAGCAAUCUGUUACAAAGACAUCUGUAGAGCCCCUCAUGGAAGCUCCGAAAGGGGAUGAGUUGCUAGAGGCUGCUGUCAAGAUUCAGGCAGCCUUCAAAGGUUAUAAAGCCAGGAAGGACAUGAGACCAGUCUUCAAAGAAGUAUUUAAGGAUCAGUCUAAGGAGCCCAAUGGGACAAUUCAUCUCGAGUGCAUUGUGGAGGGUAAGCCAGAUAAGGUUCGCUGGCUGAAAGAUGGUGAACCCUUAACAGAUGGCAAGCACCAUCACAUUGACAUCUAUAAUGAUGGCACCUGCUCUCUGGUAGUGACUGCUGCCACAACCAAAGACACUGGUGUAUAUACUUGUGAAGUAACCAAUAAGUUUGGUGUUUCCACCCAUAGUGGAAAAGUCACUGUAGGGACACUGCGGGAAUCUUCUGGGCGACGCCCCCUCACUCUGGGCUACAGUGCAGAUAGUGAAGCUGAGAGCUCCUCAGGGAGUGAGAUGGAUGAGACUUUACGCCAAGCGAGUAAACGAUUAAGGCGACUUCUACGUACUCACCUCCCUCCAGAUGUGGAAGAGGAAUCUUUUGUUAGUGCGGAUGAAGGAGAUUUACCGCCACCAGCUCUACAGACUUAUAGGGAGGAUGAUCAGUAUAUCUACAUCCGCUUUGAUAACCGUGCAGAAGCUCAAGUAGCUUCCCAGCGCUUCCAGGAAAUGUUUACUUAUCAAGGAGUUCCCAUCGAAACGGCCAUCAUUGCAGCAGCAGGUGCUAAGGUAGAGUUGCGUAUCACAAAGAUGGGUCUCUCCCAAGAUGGCUCCAAAACCCCAACUCAGGACCAACCAAUGCCUGCUUUCAUGACAGGAGCCCCUGCGGCCCCCAUCAUCCUGACGGAGCUCCGUAGCCAAGAUGUUCCUGAUGGGUUUCCAGUCAGUUUUGACUGUGUAAUUGUCGGCAACCCCCCUCCCACUGUGAGAUGGUUCAAGGAUGGAAAGAUGUUGGAGGAAAAUGACCAUUACAUGAUCAACGAAGACCAGGAAGGCCAUCACCAGCUGAUCAUCACAGCUGUGCUGCCCACAGACAUGGGCGUGUACCGAUGCAUGGCUGAAAAUGACAGUGCCAUCGCCUCCAGCAAGGCUGAGCUGAGGGUGGACAUGUCUUGCAGUUCAGACUAUGACACAGCAGCUGAUGCCACAGAGACGUCUUCCUAUGUCAGUGCUAAAGGUUAUGUGUCUAGCUCGGAGCACAGGGACACAGAGGCUUUUGAGUCAGUGGCAGAGGACGAGCAGCUUCCUCAGAUUUUGGAUGAGUUACAUGAUUUAUUCCUCAGUCCUGGAGCACCCAUUGCCAAAAUGAGUGUCAGGGUCAAAGGAUUUCCAACACCAAGGGUUUACUGGUUCAAAGACGGCACCCCACUCCAAGGCUCCAGCAGAAUUGUAUUGUCGACCAAACGCGAUCAACACAGUCUUGAGAUUUUGGAUGUUAAGCGUGAGGACACCGGAGAAUACUCAGCAUAUAUUAGCAAUAUAGCUGGCUCUGCCUACUCUUCAGCAAGAUUGAAUGUACAAGCUCCUGGAGAGCGCCCAGCACCUGUACAGAGACGAAUGAGAGAUUCAAAGGUGCCACUUGUGCCACCACGCUUCCUAGAGAGAUUCAGCAACAAGAAGGUGAAACAGGGAGCAAGUAUAACGCUGUCAGUCAAAGUGGAAGGCUCCCCAACCCCAUCUGUAAACUGGUUAAAGGAAGUGUCAGAUAAGGAUGUUCUUUGGAUCAAAGCAGACACACCAGGUUACAAGGUGGCCAGCUCUGGCCGUCAACAUAGUCUCAUCCUCAUGGAAGUGGGAAAAAAACAUGGCGGUAUGUACACUUGCAUUGCCACCAACCUCGCUGGACAGUCAGUCAACACAGCCCGACUGGACGUGGAGACAGCACCAGAGCAAAAGAAAGUGGCUCCAGAGGUUCUGGGAAUUACUAUCAGCCCACCAGAGGAACAGGGCAAAGGAGAGAUCAAACUACCUUCCAUGGGAGAAGUGGGUACUGAUGAAUUCUUACAAAAACUCACAACCCAAAUCACUGAAAUGGUAUCUGCCAGGAUUACUCAAGCUUCAUUGCGUGUCCCAGGAGCUGAUGAUGACGAUGAUGAAUCAAAAACCCCAUCCCCAUCUCCACAUCAUGGCCGAUCACGCCCUCCAUCUCUGAUCGCAGACUCAUCAUCUGAGUCUGAUGAAGGAGAUGCCAGGGGAGAGAUGUUUGAAAUCUACGUGGUGACCGCUGACUACAACCCCAUGGGGGUCAGUAAAGAUGCCAUCGCUCUGAAGGAGGGCCAGUAUGUGGAGGUUCUGGACUCUGCCCAUCCACUUAAAUGGCUGGUCCGCACCAAGCCCACAAAAUCCCACCCAUCUCGCCAGGGAUGGGUCUCGCCUGCAUACCUCGACAAAAGACUGAAGCUGUCUGCAGAUGUAGCAGACCUCCCAGAGACCUCCAGAGAAGAAGUCUCAGAGACGGAGUACAAGAAGAAACUCUGUCAACUUGUCCAAGAGCUGAUCAACACAGAAACUGAGUUUCUGAAGCAGAUGGAGUUCUUCACUUCACACCAUCUGAAGCAUGUGGAGGAGCAGAGCACACCACCUGAAAUCACCAGCCAGAAGGAAACCAUCUUCCGUAAUAUCAAUGAUUUGAAAUCCUUCCACAGCAGCUCUUUGCUACCUGGCCUGCAAGAUUGUGACACAGAUGAUGACAUUGCCAUGCAUUUCCUGAGAAACUCUGAAGGGUUUGAGAAAUAUCUGCAGUACUUCAUUGGACAACUGCAAGCCGAGUCAGCCAUCAGUGAGAAAGAAGUGCACCAGUAUUUCAAGGAUUAUACAGCCUCAGAGUUGGCAAAUGUUGACCCCUCAGAAGGUCCAGUGCUAAGCAUCAAUGCUUACCUUCAGAGACCACCAGAGAGAAUUCAGAAGUACAGGGCUUUACUGAAGGAAUUGAUCCGGAAUAAAGCGAGGAACGGUCAGAACUGCUGUUUGUUGGAGCAAGCCUAUGCCAUGGUGUCGUCCCUCUCCCAGCGCUCAGAAAACACACACCAUGUAUCUCUCAUAGAGAGCUACCCCGCCAAUCUGGAGGCGCUGGGAGAACCUAUAAGACAGGGGCCUUUUAUUGUUUGGGAAGGAGCUCCUGGAAUUCGAACAUCUUCCAGAGGUCACCACCGCCACGUCUUCCUCUUCAAAAACCAUGUGGUCAUCUGCAAACAGAAGAGAGACACUAAUACAGACACUCAGGCAUAUGUGUUCAAGAAUAUGAUGAAGCUCACAAACAUUGAUGUGAACGAGACCGUUGAGGGUGACGAGAGAGUGUUUGAGAUCUGGCAUGAGCGCGAGGACUCUGUGAGAAAAUACACAUUGCAGGCACGGACUGUUAUCAUCAAGAACUCCUGGCUCCGUGACCUCCGUGACCUCCAGCUGCGCUACAGCAUGCCAGCCUGGAGCUCUCCAGAUUUUGACUCAGUUUUGACAGACUACACAGCGGAGCUCGGACAGACCGUAAAGCUCGCCUGCAAGGUGACUGGUGCCCCCAAACCACAGGUCACCUGGUACAAAGACGGACAUGCCGUGGAAGCAGAUCCUCACCACAUCAUCAUUGAGGACCCAGACGGCUCUUGCACACUCAUUUUGGACAACAUGACGGCAGACGACUCGGGACAAUACAUGUGCUUUGCCACCAGCUCUGCGGGCAACGCCAGCACACUAGGCAAAAUCACUGUGCAGGUACCUCCACGUUUUGUGAAUAAGAUCCGGAAUGCCACACUUUAUCCAGGAGAAGAUGCUCAGUUCACCUGCACCAUCCAGAGCGCACCAAGUCCCAAGAUAAGAUGGUUUAAGGAUGGUAAACUGCUGACAGACCAGGAGAAGUUUCAGACAUACAGUGAAGCGCGCAGUGGGGUGUUGGUUCUAGUUAUCAAGAACCCUGGAGAACGAGAUCUUGGACACUAUGAGUGUGAGCUGUCGAACCGUCUGGGCAGUGCCAGGUGUGCCACGCAGCUGAUCACUCCUGCUGUGGCAAUGGCGCGAGAACGUAGAGCAGAUCAGGCCAUCAGUAUAGAAGUAACAGAACAAGAGACAAAAAUGCCGAAGAAAACCAUAAUUAUUGAGGAGACGAUCACCACAGUGAUGAAGAACACCCGUACGAAACGACACCCAUCCCCGCGUCCAUCGCCCAGGGGAGCUCACUGCUCCGAGACGUCCACACCCGAACCGCCCAGACAGAGACGAACCCUGGCCAGGAAGACUGUACCGACGCUGUACGUUCCAGAGCAGGAGGGUGCCACGGCCAGGAACCCAAGAUGGGUUGAAGUUGAGGAGACAAUCGAGUAUAAAGUGAACAAAUCACCCAAGCUUCCAAGAAGAAGAGGCAUCUCCCCCAGCAAGUUCUCACCACCUGGCAAUCCAAACACUAAUAACUCCAACAACAAGUUAGUAGAAGAGGCAAUGGGUGCCGCAAUGGCUCUGCAAGCUUCUUCUGAUACACAUGAAGAGGAAACUGCACAGAACGUGUUCGAAGUACCUUCAGGGAUCGACAAUAUGACAACAUUCGAAAUGAGUGACCCGUGUGUCUCUGAUGAAGAUGAUGAAGAAACUAUUAUCGUGGAGCCUGAAGACGACGAACUUGAUGCUCGAGAUUGCAAAAUGCUGACUGACGGGAAUCGAGUCCUUACUCUUGAAGAUCUUGAGGACUACGUCCCUCAGGCAGGUGAAACGUUCGGCAGCGGUACAGACCAUCACAUCUCCGUCGAGAAGCCAAGUGAGAUCUCGGUGUUGCAGAGAGAAAUUAACGAGUCUGUUAUUGGCAAACCCAUUGUGCUGAACGUGGUACGUCCGGUGCCACCGGCAAAACCUCGCAAGGGAUUAUUUGGCUCCUUCAAGGAACACAUUUCCAGCAUGUUUAGUCCAGGUUUAUCGGUGGGUGUCAGCUCGCAGGCAAGGCGAGAGAAGAUUAUACCUAUUCAUGUGACGGGAGAACCUUCAUCCAACUAUUCACACCAUACCAGUAGCUUUGCAAAGCUUGAAGUCCAGUCGACGUACUGCUCCGUGCUCCAGAGAGAAAAGGAGGGAGGUCUGCAGAGCUUCAAAACACAGGUUUCCACACAAACCCGCAACUACACACCCACCGGACAGGUCACUCUUCAGAUCAGCAAGAAGAAGCCAUUUGAAAAUCAGUAAUCGGGAUGAAACCACUCAGGAUAGAUUCCCCGAUGCUCUUUUCCAGCAUGCAAAAUCAGGACAUACAACUAGGCCUAGUCUUAAAUGGGAACACUUCUGUAAAAUCUUGCAAUCUGGGAGUGUAAUUCAAUCGUAAAGCUUCUGCUAACAAGCAGAUCAUUCCAUGUUGAGGCAAAUGAUUCACAAACUCCUUUAUAUCCCGCAGUACCUAAUGAAGACUUUCUAAUUACUUGAGUUCCUGUGAGCUUAUGUGUAGCUGUGCCAAGUCUGACACAACAUGAAUCCUGGUCCUGGAGAACCAUCGUCCUUCAGAGUUUAUCUUCAACCAGCUCCAACACAGUUUUCUUGAAGUUCCUAGUAAGUCUGAAGACCUUAAUUAGCUGGUUCUGAUGUGUUUAAAUAGUGUUGUAUGUAAACUCUGUAGGACAGUGGCCCUUCGGGAACAGGUUUGGAUGCCUUUGGUCUAUUUAUUCCCUUGGUCUAAAGCAGAGGUUCUCCUCUCUGGCCCUCGAGGUCCACUUUUAGCUCCAACCUUGAUCACAAUUUUCUUUAACUUUCUAGUAAUCCUGAAGACCUUGAUUAGCUUGUUCAGGUGUGUUUGAUUAGGGUUGGAUCUUCUGAGAAUCUCUGUCCUAAGAAAUAACAGGGUGUUUGUGUGUCAAGAAAUCCAAAUUAUGACUCAAAAAAUAUGAUUUUAUCUGAAUGUAAUUUAUAUGCUGUUUGGAAUUAAUGUACCUCAGCAAUACAUAUAUUUAACUGUUUUUCAAGUUGAUUGCAUGUGCUGUUCUUUGGUGUAAUGCACUGUGGGUCGUUGAAUUUGAGGUCUAAGUUGAGGUAUCUGAAAUCUUGAAUAUGUCAUCCUGCACUGAAGACUAGAAGUGUGAAGAAGUGUUGCAAUGUGAAUGUAUAGGGAUUUGUAGACUGACAAAGCAAUAGUUGUGGGAGAUUUUAAGACUUAAGAACCAUAACACAAAAUCUAUUUAAUGACUUUAGAAGAUUUAUUUUAAAAAGUAUUUCUUGUGCAACAUGACUUUAAGCACAUAGUAUUUACAGAUUUAAAAAGUUUUGCGAUUUACUGGAGUAAUACUAAUAUAUAUAUGUGUUUGAACUUUAAAUACAAAUACAAAUUUUGUGUCAACCAAAAUUUGCAUGUGUAACAUAAUUUGUAUUGUUUUGGUGGAUCACAUGGUUUGAAAUGUUUUGGUAAAAGCAAAAUAAAUUAGGACUGCCAAGGGUGUUCAGCAGAUAAAAGAAAACUUGAAUAAAUAUAAAUAAAAAAAAGUUCUGCUUUACAAAAUAAGAGUAUAUUUGGAUGUGUGUAUUAUAAAUCAAACUUCUGUCCAAUUAUAAACUGAUAUCACAUAACAUUGACAAGUAAAGAAAUGAUAAUAAAAAACAACUUUCAGUCUGUAUGGUGUAUGGCGAAAAUCGUUGGACACGUACAGUUGCUUUCAAUAUUGCACUCUCAUUUAUUCAUUUCACUCUAGACAUGCUUACCUAUGUGUGUAAGUACACAUCUUCACUGUAUACAUACGAAUGUAUGUAUACACCAACACACACAUAA